CGGCAGCCCCGGGCUCGCCAUGCUCCUGGCCUCGGCCGUGGUGGUCUGGGAAUGGCUGAACGAGCACGGCCGCUGGCGUCCCUACAGCCCGGCCGUGAGCCAUCACAUCGAGGCGGUGGUCCGCGCCGGUCCCCGCGCGGGGGGCAGCGUGGUGCUGGGCCAGGUGGACAGUCGGCUGGCCCCCUAUAUCAUCGACCUGCAGUCCAUGAACCAGUUCCGCCAGGACACAGGAACCCUCCGUCCAGUUCGACGCAACUACUACGACCCAUCUUCGGCGCCUGGCAAGGGAGUGGUGUGGGAGUGGGAGAACGACAAUGGUUCCUGGACGCCCUACGACAUGGAGGUGGGCAUCACCAUCCAGCACGCCUAUGAGAAGCAGCACCCCUGGAUCGACCUCACCUCCAUCGGCUUCAGCUAUGUCAUUGACUUCAGCACCAUGGGGCAGAUCAACAGGCAGACUCAACGCCAACGUCGUGUGCGCCGUCGCCUUGAUCUCAUCUACCCGCUGGUCACCGGUUCGCUGCCCAAGGCCCAGUCGUGGCCUGCCAACCCAGGGGCCGCCGCCUCACCACCGGGCCCGCCCUGCUCCUGCCCGCAGUGUGUGCUAGUGAUGAGCGUCAAGGCCACAGUGGGCAGCCCUCAGAAGCCCCCCAGUGCCCGCAAGAACGUGGCCCCCACUGUCACCAUGCCACUGAAGCUGCCUCCUGCCCCAGGCUCUGGGCCCAAGCCUCUGGACAGCACAGGCACCCUCCGAGGUCCCGUGAAGACUGUACCUGCACAGGUGGCCCGGCGACAAGUUCCCAGUGCGCCCACAGGGGCCACUGCGGGCUUUCCAACUAGUCCCUCAGGAGCCAAUGGAAAGACAGGGAGGGUGGCCCUGGCGACCUUAAAUCGCUCCAAUCUACAACGACUGGCCAUUGCUCAGUCCCGGGUGCUGAUCGCCUCUGGAGUCCCCACUGUCCCAGUGAAGAACGUCAAUGGCUCCAGUCCGGUCAACCCUGCCUUGGCAGGAAUCACUGGCAUCCUCAUGAGUGCAGCGGGAUUGCCUGUGUGUCUCACCAGGCCACCAAAACUGGUCCUCCACCCACCACCCGUCAGCAAGAGUGAGAUCAAAUCCAUCCCUGGGGUCUCCAACACAAGCCGCAAGACCACCAAGAAACAAGCCAAGAAAGGUAAAACCCCAGAAGAAGUGUUGAAGAAAUAUCUUCAGAAAGUACGGCACCCACCCGAUGAGGACUGCACCAUCUGCAUGGAGCGGCUCACAGCUCACUCUGGCUACAAGGGCCCACAGCCAACCAUCAAGCCUGAGCUGGUGGGAAAGUUGUCCAGAUGCGGCCAUAUCUACCACAUCUACUGCCUAGUUGCCAUGUACAACAAUGGCAACAAGGAUGGGAGUUUGCAGUGUCCUACCUGUAAGACCAUUUAUGGGGUGAAGACAGGCACCCAGCCCCCAGGGAAGAUGGAGUACCACCUCAUCCCUCACUCUCUGCCUGGCCACCCUGACUGCAAAACAAUCCGGAUCAUCUAUAGCAUUCCUCCUGGCAUUCAGGGUCCAGAACAUCCAAACCCUGGCAAGAGUUUCAGCGCCCGUGGCUUCCCUCGACACUGUUACCUUCCGGACAGUGAGAAAGGGAGAAAAGUCCUGAAACUCCUCCUGGUAGCCUGGGACCGUCGCCUCAUCUUUGCCAUCGGUACCUCCAGCACUACCGGUGAAUCCGAUACUGUCAUCUGGAAUGAAGUCCAUCACAAGACAGAGUUUGGGUCUAAUCUCACCGGCCAUGGCUACCCGGAUGCCAAUUACCUGGACAAUGUGCUGGCCGAGCUGGCUGCCCAGGGCAUUUCUGAGGACAGCAUGGGCCAGGAGAAAGACUGAGCUGGAGGAAGCUGGGGUGGGAGGGACUGUGGGGACCACUUGACAGGACAUGGGAGAAGUUCAACUGGAAGUGGGGGCCAUGCUUCCCAAGUCCCUCUUCUCCCCUCCUGCCCUGUUCCCCACCACCUGUGAGGGUUGAAUUGGCUGGCUUCAUUCAUCAACCUCAUCCAAUUGUGAAGGGCACACGAGAUCCUGGGAUGAGGGCCACCCUCAAUGUGUUCCUAUGGAGUUUUCGGUGCUGGGUAGGUGAGAGCCCCCUCCCUACCUCCCUCAAGUCGGGGACACAGUCAGCACACUUAGGGUAUGAAUAGUGCAUGGGCACUCUAUACCCAGCCUUGGGAAGCUCGAGGCUCAUGGCCUCUGCUGGCUUCUUGCUGCUUCCACUCUGCUUUGAGAGCAGAGUUUCUGUUUUCUUUCCUCCUCCACUGGAGGUGAGGAG